CAGAGGGAAUCAUUACCCCUUUUGGUGGCUGAGAGGUGCGAUAAAGUGAUAAGGAACAUUUAUCAUUGACAGUAGUUCGGAGAUCGUUUUAAGGGUGGCGGCGUCAGGCGAUUGUUCGAGGGGGCACUGUGUGCGGCGGUAGUCAGGUGGUGUGCGUGCAUAACGCGCGCUUCCUUUUACAGAAGGGUUAGUGAUAAAGAAUAGAAAAAUAAUAGGGGAGGGAGAAACAUCGGGAAUAGAAGUGUGGAAAAUAGUGUGUGGGUGAGAGUGCGCGUGUGUGGUUUCACGUGGGUGAAUCCAAGAGUGUUUUUGCAUAAUAACGUGUUAGUGGUGCGGAGGUGGCGGGGGGUAUUUUGCCUUGCCCGUUGUAGGGGGUGGAAAGAAAAAGUUAAGGAGUGAUAAAAAGGCGCGUGGUGGCGUUUGUGAAGGCAACGUGUAGCAAGAUGGGCUGUGCCAUGUCUGCGGAAGAGCGGGCCGCUCUGGCCCGCAGCAAACAGAUCGAGAAGAAUUUGAAGGAGGAUGGAAUACAGGCUGCCAAGGAUAUCAAGCUAUUGCUGCUUGGUGCCGGCGAGUCUGGAAAAAGUACCAUAGUGAAACAGAUGAAGAUUAUUCACGAGAGUGGGUUCACGCCGGAAGACUUCAAGCAGUACAGACCCGUGGUUUACAGCAAUACGAUACAAUCUCUAGUCGCCAUUCUUAGAGCAAUGCCCAUUUUAGGGAUUAGCUUUUCGACGAAUGAGAGAGAGACGGAUGCGAAAAUGGUAUUCGACGUGAUCCAACGAAUGGAGGAUACAGAGCCAUUCAGUGAAGAACUGUUGGCAGCCAUGAAGAGGUUGUGGGCGGACAACGGUGUCCAGCAGUGUUUUGGCAGAAGUAACGAGUAUCAGCUCAACGACUCAGCGAAAUACUUUUUGGAUGACCUCGACCGAUUAGGGGCGAGGGAAUAUCAGCCAACGGAACAAGAUAUUUUAAGGACUCGAGUUAAAACCACUGGAAUAGUUGAGGUUCACUUUUCAUUUAAAAAUCUCAAUUUCAAAUUAUUCGACGUGGGUGGACAGCGGAGUGAGCGUAAAAAAUGGAUACACUGUUUCGAAGACGUCACAGCAAUUAUCUUCUGCGUGGCAAUGUCUGAGUACGACCAAGUUCUUCACGAGGACGAGACCACGAAUCGAAUGCAGGAGAGUUUAAAACUGUUCGACUCAAUCUGCAAUAACAAAUGGUUCACUGACACCUCGAUAAUCCUAUUUUUGAAUAAGAAAGAUCUGUUUGAGGAGAAAAUCCGCAAGUCACCUCUCACCAUCUGUUUUCCUGAAUACGCCGGCGCUCAGGAGUACAGCGAGGCAGCGGCAUACAUACAGGCACAAUUCGAGGCGAAAAAUAAAUCGACCACAAAGGAGAUCUACUGCCACAUGACCUGCGCCACAGACACAAACAACAUUCAGUUUGUGUUCGACGCUGUCACAGACGUGAUUAUCGCCAACAAUCUCCGUGGCUGUGGUCUUUACUAGAGUUACUUCGUAAUCUACAUUAACGUACAGAAAACUAAAACGUUACUGGACGAACGUUGUUUCCACAAAAAUGAAGAAUUAAUCACCGAAGGAAAAAAAUUAUUUAAGAAAAAACAAAUUGAGA